AUGUAUUACCCUGCUCGGGGUAAUGCAGUGACCAUUGCCCAGCCGGCACCCUCGUGGAGGUGUCUGCGACCACCAUCUCUGGCCGUAUUGGCGCUCCCCAACUCCAUCCUUUUUGACGAAAGCUGUCACACCGAUCGCCGCAUUUCUGUGAAUGAUUUUCUACAGCGACUACAUCGCACUUUCUAUAAAUCGGUGAUAUUUAACGACACGGAUGACUUUUUGCAGCACAUUGAAACCAAACUCCAAGGCGCCAACGAAUGCGUCAGCCUGAUUUUUGACGAGCCCAUGAAGCUGUUGGACCACCUCUACGAGCGACGUAUAGCCCACCGCCUCAGCUUGUUUAUCUUUUAUUGGGGAGCCCGCCGGCCACCCAGCUCCCGAAUCGUUAGUUUUAGGGAGCCCUUACGAGCGGUGGUGAUAACUCGUCCCCGCCAGGAAGCCUUCCGCAUCUACUACAACCAGGCCAGGCCCUGCAGCGACAGUCAGCUGCAGCUGGUAAACUGGUAUGACGGCGAUAACCUUGGCCUGCAACGGAUCCCCCUUCUCCCAACUGCAGCAUCCGUAUACGCCAACUUUGAGGGUCGUAUUUUCCGAAUACCAGUAUUUCAUUCUCCGCCGUGGUUUUGGGUCACCUAUAACAAUAAUAGUCACGAAGAGAACGAAUUCCAAGUAACGGGUGGUCGCGAUCACCGCCUACUUAAGCUACUAGCUAAGCAUAUGAACUUUCGGUUUAAGUACAUGGAAGCUCCCGGUCGAACCCAAGGAUCAAUAAGGUCCGACGAUGCUAGGGAGUCGAAUGACAGUUUUACCGGUGGCAUUGGAAUGUUGCAAAGUAGACAAGCAGACUUUUUCUUGGGUGACGUCGGCCUCAGCUGGGAGCGCCGAAAAGCCAUUGAGUUCUCGUUUUUCACCCUGGCCGACUCAGGAGCUUUCGCCACACAUGCCCCCAGACGCCUUAGCGAGGCGUUAGCAAUUAUGCGUCCUUUAAAGCCAGACAUUUGGCCAUAUUUGAUCCUUACGAUAGUCUUCUCUGGCCCAAUUUUCUACGGCAUUAUCGCUAUGCCUUAUAUCUGGCGUCGACGUUGGGACAACCCAGACGUGGAGCAUUUCACAAAAAAUCAUUUCUAUACUUCAUACAUAUUGGAAAUUACCCCGCGCGUAUUAAAGAAUAAGCCAAUGAGAAUCCCAUCUGCACAGCAGAUGCACAAGCAACUAUUUGAAAGGUGCAUCUGGUUCUCUUUACGCUUGUUCUUAAAACAAUCAUGCCAUGAACUGCAUAACGGCUACCGUGCAAAAUUUCUGACGAUUGUGUACUGGAUAGCAGCGACCUAUGUCUUGGCUGAUGUAUAUUCGGCUCAAUUGACCAGCCAGUUUGCUAGACCCGCCCGGGAGACACCUAUCAACACGCUUCAGCAACUGCAGCAAGCCAUGAUCCGCGACGGAUAUCGGCUUUAUGUCGAGAAGGAAAGCAACUCUUUGGAGAUGCUGGAGAAUGGGACUGAACUUUUUAGGCAGCUUUACGCCCUGAUGCGCCAGCAACAGUCCGAUGGCCAACAGAGAUUUUUUAUCGACUCGGUAGAAGCUGGCAUCCAGCUGAUCGCUAAGGGCAGCGAACACAAAGUAGUGCUUGGAGGUCGUGAAACUCUUUACUUUAACAUUCAGCAAUAUGGAGCACAUAACUUUCAGCUUAGUCAAAAACUCUACACUCGGUACUCGGCGGUUGCUGUACAAAACGGUUGUCCUUUCCUUGACAGCCUGAACAAUGUCCUGAUGCACUUGUUUGAAGGAGGUAUUCUGGAGAAGAUGACCACUGCCGAGUACGCGGAACAGUCCCGCAAGAUUUUCAGGAACGACGCCCAACAUUACAAGGACGUGGUGAUCACAAAAACGGACAAAAGCAGCGUCAAUAGAAAAAUCAGUGAAGUCCAAAGCCGGGCUCAAAGCCGCGACAGCGACUUUAUCAGUCCGCUUAACGUGCGUAUGCUACAAGGUGCUUUUAUCGCAUUAGGUGUAGGCACACUUACUGCAGGUGUAAUUCUGCUAUUAGAGAUUACUUUUUUUAAAACUUUCCCUUGA